UUCUCAGUGUGCGCAUCCUUCACAUAAUUAGUCAUCAUAACCAUUUCGAACCUUCAGCAAAGGAUAUCCUGUUGCUUCUCCGUCACUUUCACGAAAGUUUAGAUAUCUCAUCGCGGUGACGAACACACUACUGAACACUUGACACACUUCGCUUCCAGCCAUGAAGAACACGCUUGUCUUUCUCCUCUCCGUAUUGCUGCUACUCCUGCUGGCACCGGGAGGAUUCAUUGGCCCUGCCCCCACCCUUCAAGACACCUCCUGUAACAAGACCUUGGAUCAGAAACCAGAGUACUUCAACAUUACCUCUGCUAACAGAAUAUAUGAUCUAAUAAACGCAACGAUAUACGUGAGACCACAGGAAAACAAGCCGAUGAUGAUCUUGCUGGAAGUGAACGGAAAAGAUAGCAAUAUAACGAUUAAUGCUGAGUUCUCGCUGGAAAAAGACUGUUUCAAGGGCAAUACGAAGUGGUGGGAACUGUUCGUGAAGGUGAAGUUAAUGAACCACACCAUAGAUAAUCAAAAUAUUAUUAAAUCAAAAUACAAACUCCAGGUGAGGACAAGCUCAUGUAUUAAGCCGUGUAUCAAGGAAGUCCACAUGCAAGGUCUUGAAACCCUCCACGUCAAGGCUUCCAGCUACUCAAAUUAUAUACUUCAACGCCCAGUAAACGACGAAUUCCUUAAUUGGAACACAACCUCGUACGAUGAUGUCUUUCCUCAGUGCUGCGAUUACAAGAAACCUUCAUCGCCCUCAUCAGCGGCCAUACCAACCUCUGCCACGCUUACACCAACCUCGGGCAAGUCCACAACGCUCUCUGUCACGUCCUCACCCGAUUUCAUUGGCGGUAUUGCAGGAGGAGUAGCAGGAAUUAUAGCGAUGGUAUUGGUGGUAGUGCUAUGGAAGCGGCGUGGAAAGACAAAUGUACCAAUGCGCCCCAAGAAGACAGAAUCACCACGUGAAGGAAGCGUCAACAGCCUGUAUGAACCUGUUGGCAGACAAGAUCCUGUGAACGGAAAUACUGACAAACAAGGAUCUGUCAACAGCUUGUAUGAAGCAAUUGGUAGACGAGAACCUGUCAACGACCUGUAUGAACCUGCCGGUAGACAAGAACCCGUGUAUGAAACUAUUCACAAAGGAGGAUAUGUUUAACGAUGAUCUGUCCACAGCCAGUAUGAACCUUUGGAAAUUUUUACCAACAUGGUAGGGAACUAAACACACACACACACACACACACCGCGUAGUGUAGUGGUUAGCACGCUCGACUCACAAUCGGGAGGGUCCGGGUUCGAGUUCCGGAAAGCGGCGAGGCAAAUGGGCAAGCCUCUUAAAGGAAUUGUGUAAUGAGCUGAGAAAGACAGAAUUUACGUACACAUUGUCAAACACCAAGUCAUAUUACACAAACAGUUACGCAACGCAAUGUGGGGAGUAUUCACUAUUCUGUUCCACCAGCAACGCAACUCCUGUGCACAGGAAACCACUGGCUGAUAGGAUUGGAUUUUAUUUUAGGCGCCGCAACAGUGAAGGUCCUAAUGGCGCCACUACGAUAUUUCACUUGCUGCCAAAUAUCAAAGUUCAUGCUUCCUUACACAGUGGGUUGUUAAAGCUACUCUCAUUAGACUCCACUGUUGGUUAUUGAGGUUUUUAAUAGCAUUUUCGUGAUUACAUAACUAAUUUAAGUUCUAAUAAGAAUUUUUCAUCAUUGAUAGAAACUAAUAGAAAAACACCCAUGAAAACCCAUGUAAAUAGUUUUUGACUUUGAAAAUACGAGGUCUUGUUGAGAAGACAGUAGGUAUUUUAGAAGUAUAACCCCCUCCCCAGUGGCAGAACCUGUAAGUGAGAGAAUGAGGGUGUGGAGAGGCAACAUCUCUUUUCUUCGCAACCAGAAUUAUGCAUUUGUUUCUGUCAGUUUCCUUGAUUCCUUGCAUUGUGUAAAAUAUAUUACUAAUAAAGAUAUUCAUGACUGGGUACCGCAGGUGACAUUGUUGUUCAGUAGAGUGAGGAGGUGCAGGUUGGCACUUUUACAUGUUUGAGGGAAGUGGCGAGCCAACCAUGUACCGAUUUGUAUUCUCAAUUAACAAACCUUGGAGUA